AUGGAUAAAUUCAUAAAAUUAACUGAUGCUGUGGCAGAAUUUGAGGCCGACUAUAAUGACACGGCCCAAAUUGACCACACAAAAUAUACCCUCACUCUUCAGCAAGAGGAACUUAAGGCAAUAUGGAGAAAGGUAAAAACUGCUUACGAAGAAUUAGUGCAUUCCGACACGUUAGACGCUAAAGGAGUCUCUACGGUUAAACCUAGGUAUAAGAGCUCCUAUUCUGUUUAUUUGCGCUGCAUGUCGAACAUGUCAGAUUUCCAGGCAAAGUUAGUCAAGGGCGAAAAAGAUACAGAGGGCGUGUCUGUCCAGGAACACAAUAUACAUCUGCCCCCGUGCGAUACGGACGUGUUCAAAGGCGACUACCUCUCUUGGCCAACAUUCCGAGACAUGUUUACGGCCAUAUAUAUACUGAAUAAGCGCCUUACCCCGGUUGAGAAAUUAUUCCACCUCAACCAAAAAACACAGGGGGAGGCCAAAGAUAUCGUACAAAAAUGCCCACUUACUAACGAGGGAUUUGCCACUGCAUGGAAAAAUUUAACUGAUAGGUACGAGAACAAACGUAUUCUCGUAAACUCCCAGUUACAAAUUCUUUUUAAUUUAAAGUCGGUAGAAAACGAGUGCGGAAUCUCGAUUAAGAAACUACAGCGAGAUAUAAAUAAUUGCAUCUCAUCAUUAAAAAGCCAUAAAAUUGACAUAUCAAACUGGGAUGCAAUAUUUACUUAUCUCUGCUCAACGAAGUUGCCAGAAAGUACCUUAGCAUUGUGGGAACAAACGAUCGAGAACAAGACGGAAAUAUCCAAGUGGGAGGAUAUGGACAAAUUUCUGUCCAACCGAUUCCAAACUCUUGAAACCGUCUCGGGCAUAACAGGUAUUAAACAUACCAAAAUCCCAAAGCCCCAUAAUAGUAGGCAUACAAAUGAGACACCGCAAAAAAGACUUGGCGCAUUUCAAGCUUCUGUAGCCAAAACCAUGUGUGUAUUCUGCAAAAGCAGUAACCACAAAUUAUCGAAAUGCCACAAAUUUCUCGAACUCACGGUGUCAAACAGAAUAGCCUUCAUUAAGGAGAAUCGUGGCUGCUUGAACUGCUUAUCUUUUGGACAUACUGUGUCAAGGUGUACGUGCUCAUUUAACUGCAGCACCUGUCACCAAAGGCACCACACGCUCCUGCAUAAUCAAGCAGCUCAGCCAAAAGCAGCCAUGAACCAAAGGCAACAACCAAAUUUUUCAGAUGACACGCCGUCAACUUCUGCGCAAGCCCAGGCCAGACGCAACUCUGAAAAAGGAAAUAGGAGUCCGGUUAAUAACGUUAAGUCCUGUUUUGCCAACACGAACAAGGGAGUCCUAUUAGGAACGGCACGUGUCAAUAUCUUCUUCAAUAAUACUAAUUUUUCAGCCCGUGCACUAAUAGACUCCGGUUCGGAAUGUUCAUUCAUAUCAGAAAGACUUAAACGCCGAAUUAACCUACCAUCCAAAAGUUUGAAUGCUCAGGUGUCAGGCAUCAACAACACCGUUUCAGCCCAAGUCAAAGAAGCGUGUUUAAUACAGUUGCGGUCACCGAUUGACCCUUUAAUAAAAAUAGAUACCACUGUCCUGGUUCUACCACAGCUUACAGGAAAUCUGCCGACUUGCCAGAUCAAUGCUAUGACAAAGCAAGCGUUUCCGGAUUUAGUAUUAGCUGACAAGAGAUUCUUCAUAAAUGAGCAAGUUGAUCUUGUACUAGGCGGCGAUAUUUACGCCCAAAUAAUAUUGAGUGGCAUACAGAAGAACGUUUUAGGUACCCUGCUUGCGCAAGAGACUGUAUUCGGCUGGAUACUAACCGGUCAAACUGAGGCAACAGGGCCAACGAAUAAAUGCGUUUCAUUCUUCAACGAAGUCACUCUAGACAAACAAUUAGCGUCUUUUUGGGAAUUAGAGGACAUCCCAAAGAACCAUACAUACACCAGAGAGGAAGUUUACUGCGAGGACCUAUACAAACGCACAACUAAAAGGAACAAAGAUGGAAAAUAUACAGUAUCGUUGCCAUUCAAAAUGGAUUUUCCAGGGAGCGUGCGGUUAGGACCCUCUCUCAAGAGCGCUUGCUCUCAAUUUUUUCGCAAUGAAACGCGUCUAGCAAAGGACCCACUCCUACAAACGGAGUAUAAUAGGUCCACUUUAUCAUACGAAUAUAAAUCAUUACUGCGAGAUGCUCAACAAACUAUAUGA